GUGUGUGUACAUAGAAUUAGUUUUGUUUUGGGCUCUGGAUACUUAUCACACUACUUGCUAGUUUCUUUCAAAAGGAAAACAUACACAGUCCGUUUAUUUGCACUUAAAAUUCAAUCACUAAUUUCCGCACUUUAUUCGACGGUCCUUGAACGCACCCCAGUUUUGUGCUACGACACAAAAGUGAAGCCUAUUCCUCACUUUCUACGCUGCCACAGUUAGAUGUGUAUUUCCUUUUCUUCUACCGCCUCGUCUUUGUUCCCGAAUGCAAACAGAAAACGUGAUAGCUGACUGUUUCCCCAUUUCCUUCAUGUCAGACUGGGUCUUCGCCAAAAGGUCACUACCACUCGUACCAGUGAAAAUCCUCAAAUUCCAUUGGUUUAGUGAGGAUUGGCCACCACCAUCACCAUGUUUGGAUCAACCCACAUGCAAAUUCAGUGUUGCAUAAGAGACACCUGAGGGUCACCAGGUUGGACUUGCACGGUGUGGUUUUGUGUUGGCCCGAAAGAGGCGGAGUUUACAUUCCCCUUACUAUGGCACUGUGUGUGUGUCAUUGUACAACACACAAUGAGGGACGCAAAUAAACCUCCCUCUGCUAACUGACAGCGUGGACGACAUGCCAAUGGAUCACUGACUUCUGACACAUCUGCUGGACUGAUUAAACUUCAGCCAUGGUGCAGGAAUACCAGAGUCCUGUUCGAGUCUACAAGCAUUCAUUUGAGUUAAUAAUGGCCGCUUACGAGAGGAGGUUCCCAAAGUGUCCGCUGAUCCCCGUGUUUGUAGACAGUGAGGUCAUCAAUGAGAGCCAAAGUCACGAUGGAGCCACUCUGGUGAUUGAGAGGCGCUGCACGAUUGACAUUGAUGCACCUCGACUCCUCAAACGGAUUGCUGGUGUGGACUACCUGUAUUUCAUCCAAAAGAACACUUUGAACCGCAGAGAACGGACGCUCCUCAUUGAAAUCCAAAACGAAACCUUUUCCAACAGGGUCAUUGCCCGCGAGUGGUGCAAAUACACGGUUCAUCCCGAGGAAGAAGACUGGACCUGCUAUGAACAGACUGCUAGUCUAGAUGUUACGUCCUUUUUUGGCUUUGAAGGCAUGGCAGAGAAGAUAGCAAUGAGACAGUAUUCUAACAGUAUAGAAAUGGGUAAAGAAAUUAUCCAGUACCAUCUCUCAGAGCUGGAGAAAGAGGGAAUAACGUUUGUGCCUCGUUGGGCUUCACCCGCUUCUCAACAAACUGUCCCAGGAAACUCUUCCGAAGACAUGCUCCCUGCCGACGAUGAGGACCACCUUACAGUGACGCCCUCUCCUUCCCCUGAUGGUCUAUGUCAGUGGUCCCCAACCACCGGGCCGGAGCCUAGUACCGGUCCGUGGGCGGGGUCGAACUGGGGAACACGAGCCAGGCCGUGGGUCCAAAAAGACAAAUUGGACGCUGAGUACAUCAGACAUUACCUUGGUGAUUUAACGCCUUUGCAGGAAAGCUGUCUUAUUGGACUGCGGCAGUGGCUCCAGGAAACCCACAAGGGCAAGACUCCAAAUGAUCAGCAUGUGCUGCGCUUUCUGACAGCCGGUGGUUUUAACUUUGACAAAGCUCAGGAGCUUCUGUGCCAGUCACUCACCUGGAGGAAGCGGUACCGAGUGGAUUUCUUACUGGACUCAUAGCGCCCUCAACUUCUCCAGGACUACUACACCGGAAACUGGCACCACCAUGACAAAGAUGGCCGACCUCUGUGUGUCCUGCGUUUAGGUCGCAUGGACACGAAGGGUUUGAUGCGCCUGACAGAGGAGGUGCUGCUGCUAAGAGAGAUUUUAAUCAAGAUCAUAGAAGAUUCCUCCAACAUUACCUGGGACUUUGAUGUGACCAAAGGAGACGUGCUCUUCAGCAUCUACCAUUCCAAAAGGGCACCUCAGCCUCCAAAGAAAGACACGGUUGGAGAACAUGGUUUUACAUCAUCAGGGACUGUCAGUUCCCAGCUGUUAGACAAGAGCUGGGUGUUGGGCCAGGAUUACAGCAUAGUGGAGAAUGCGCUCACCUGCACAGAGGGUGAAAGUGUACAGGGCUCUCACAUCGCACCCUGGCCUGGAUACUACAUUCUCCAGUGGUGCUUUCACAGCUCCCUCAGCUCGUCCAGCCUGCCUUCCGUGGAUGAUGUGCUGGCAUCUGUGCAGGUCUCCCCCCACAAGUGUAAACUCAUGUACUACACUGAGGUGCUGGCGUCUCAAGACAUCAGGUCAGUUUAUUUAUUCCACCAAAAUCCUUUUACUGUUGUAUUUUUUUUUCUUUUUUUUACAAAGUUUUCUGCAGCUGCCAAAGGUGGACUCCACUAAUAUGGGUUUGUGAAAUUCUACACUAUACAUGUCUGUUUUUAUAGGGGAUCACUGUUUUUAUAUUGACCACUGUGGAGUACUAUCAUAGUGGUUUCUCCCAGUUCAGUUGUUGCACUGCUUUUCCUUGCCAAUCAGUCUCCAGGUAGCAUCAGGUCCGCAGGUGACACUGACCUUAAACACACUGGAUUGGACAUACAGUUUAAUCUGUAGUCUGAUUACAAAAUAGCGAAAUGAAACAUUUGUGUGUGUGCUGUGCUUUUGCUGGGUCAGUAAAUGAUAUGUAACAUCAGUGACAUGGGCAGUAGCUUGCAUCGCUGCAGUUGCCGUGAUUGUCCACGAGAUGUCAGUGUACUCUUUUGCAGGAAAUGCCCACGCCUGGUCUGCAGAGCAGUAGUUGUCUUUUUUUUUAAAUUUAUUUAUACAAGUAAACAAGUACAGAACGUACAGCAGGACAUUUUAGUAGGUGCCCCUGCACAAUCUAAAACUGACCUCCACUAAAAAUG